AAGUCAGUUAUUUGCUAAGACUAAGAAAAAAGGCCAUUUCUUUCAAGUUUUCCAAUCAUCAAGAAAUGAAAAGAUUUGGUUUUCCUGAGGCAAUUCUGUUCUGUUUUUGCUGUUCAAUUGUUUAUGGUUCAGGUGAUAAAGCAGCCCUGCUGGAGUUCAAAUCCUUAGUCUCUGAUCCUCAUGGGAUUCUCUCAACUUGGAACUCCAGUUCUGAUCACUGUUCAUGGUAUGGUGUCUCAUGCAACUCUCAGUCAAGAGUUGUUUCCAUCAGUAUCAGUGGUGGACAUGAUUCAGAUGAAGGUAAUGACAAUUCUCUGCCCUUCUCUUGUUCUGAGUCUUUGAGGUUUCCUUUUCAUAGGUUUGGAAUUAGAAGAAACUGUUCUGAUAAUCUUGUUGGGAAACUACAAGGGAAAUUAACUCCAUUGAUUGGUAAACUUAGUGAGCUUAGAGUGUUAUCUCUGGUUUUUCAUAAGUUUAGUGGUGAAAUUCCUUUGGAAAUUUGGGGGUUGGAGAAUUUAGAAGUGCUUGAUCUUGAAGGGAAUUUGUUCACUGGUGAAUUGCCUUGUGAUGGAUUUGUUCGGUUGCGAAAAUUGAGGGUUUUGAAUCUCGGUUUUAAUAGGCUUUACGGGGAGAUUCCUAGUUCUUUAUCAAAAUGUGUGGAUUUGGAAGUUUUGAAUUUGUCUGGUAAUAAGCUGAAGGGGUCAAUUCCGAUGCUUUUCGGUCGGUUUUCCAGGCUAAGAAAAGUGUAUUUAGCUAAUAAUGAGCUGAAUGGGACUGUUCCGGUUGUUUUGGGAAGUAAAUGCGCGUAUCUUGAGCAUCUUGAUUUGUCAGGGAAUUUCCUUAUUGGUGAGAUUCCUAGUACUUUGGGAGAUUGUCGGCAGUUACGGACACUUCUGUUGUUUUCGAAUAUGUUGAAUGGGGAGAUUCCUCGUGAUCUUGGCCAACUUAGGAAGCUUCAAGUUCUUGACAUUUCUAGAAAUUUCAUUGGUGGUAUGAUCCCUGCUGAGCUUGGUAAUUGCGUGGAUUUGUCGGUUCUUGUUCUUUCGAACCUUUUUGACGCGUGGCUUAAUGAGAGAAAUGUGAGUGGAAAGAUACCGCAUUUGCUGCAUAGUGGUAAUGAUGAUGGGCACAAUCAAUUCCAAGGGUUUCUUCCUAAAGAAAUUACAACCCUUCCAAAGCUGCGGGUGCUUUGGGCACCAAUGGCAUUUUCAGGAGGGAGGCUUCCAAGCCAAUGGGGCGACUGCACGAGCUUGGAAAUGGUAAACUUAGCUCUGAAUGGUUUCAAUGGAGAAAUAAAUGGAAUUUUUGAGAAAUGCAGAAAGAUUCAUCACCUUGAUUUGAGUUCAAAUAGGCUAAGCGGGGAGCUCGAUGAGAAGCUUCCAGUUCCUUAUAUGACUUUGUUUGAUGUCAGUCAGAAUUUCAUGUCUGGCACCAUCCCCAGGUUCAGUAAUUGCAGUGCUCGCUCACGUGUAACCUCCUUGCAUUCAGGUCUUGGCCGUAUUUAUGACCCAUCAUCUGCGUACGUGUCAUUCUUCGAGUAUAAAACACGUAAGGAACACCAUUUGCCAUUUCCUGUUGCAAAUUUGGCAAUUAUUCACAGCUUUGGUGGGAACCGUUUCACUGGUUCAAUACGUUGGCUGCCAGUUGCACGGCAGCGAUUAGGGAAGCCAGUUGAUUAUGCUUUUCUUGCCAGUGGAAACAAGCUCACUGGAUCAUUUUCAAGAAGCUUUUUCGGAAAGUGCUCUGAAUUACAUGGAAUGAUUAUUAAUGUCAGCAAAAACCAAAUAUGUGGCCCUAUUCCACAUAAUAUUGGUUCAAUAUGCAGAUCUCUUAAAUUUUUGGAUGCCUCGAACAAUCGAAUUUCAGGGUCAAUACCCCAAAGUCUUGGGAAUUUGAAGUUUCUUGUUACCCUUAAUUUGAGUGGGAACAAACUGCAGGGUCAAAUACCAGCUAGUCUCUAUCAAUUGGAGCACUUAAAGCAUAUCUCCUUGAAUGGUAACAACCUGACCAAUGCAUUCCCUUCUGGUUUUAGACAACCGGAUUCCCCUGAAGCAGUAAGGCUUUCUGAAAAUUCCUUCUAUGUCAAACUCUUUGAACGUAAUUCCUCCGGUGCCUCAAAUAUGAGAUUACUUUCCUCAAUCAGCACGUCCUCACAAAACAUGUCAGAGCCAGUUUUCUUGAAUGAUGAAACAGGAAACGACGGGGAUGAUCAACUAGGUAAUGUUACUUCUGCAUCUGAGUCUCAAUUGGAGACAGGUAAAGGGGAUAAGGGUUUUAAGCCAAUUGAGAUUGCAUCUAUAGCAUGUGUGUCAGCUAUUCUUUCUGUUCUUGUUGCUCUAGUUAUUAUUUUCUUUUACACAAGAAAAUGGGGCCAGAACACCCGGAUUGAGGUUUCUGAACCAAAGGAAGUUACAGUAUUUGCUAAUAUUGGGGUUCCACUAUCAUAUGAGAAUAUAGUAGAAGCCACUGGGAACUUCAAUGCAAGCAACUGCAUCGGAAAUGGAGGCUUCGGUGCCACUUACAAGGCUGAAAUUUCUCAAGGAAUACUAGUGGCAAUAAAGAAGCUCGCUGUCGGAAGGUGCCAUGGUGUUCAACAGUUCCAUAAUGAGAUAAAGGCCCUAGGAAGUCUGAGACACCGUAAUCUUGUAACCUUGAUAGGGUACCAUGCCAGUGAUAGUGAGAUGUUUCUCAUUUAUAAUUAUCUGCCGGGUGGUAAUCUGGAAGAUUUUAUUAAGGAAAGAUCACCAAGUGCUGUUUGUUGGAAGGUUCUUCACAAGAUUGCUUUACAUAUAGCCUCUGCUCUUGCUUAUCUUCAUUGUCAAUGUGCUCCUCGAGUUCUACACCGUGAUGUUAAGCCUAGUAACAUUUUGUUAGAUAAUGAGUUGAAUGCAUACUUAUCUGACUUUGGGUUAUCUAGGCUGUUGGGAACUUCCGAAACUCACGCAACAACUGGUGUGGCCGGAACCUUUGGAUAUGUUGCUCCCGAAUACGCUAUGACCUGUCGUGUAUCUGAGAAGGCUGAUGUUUACAGCUACGGUGUGGUUUUACUCGAGCUGAUAUCAGAUAAGAAGGCAUUGGAUCCCUCAUUUUCUUCACAUGAAAACGGUUUCAACAUUGUAUCUUGGGCUUGCAUGCUUUUACGCCACGGCCAAGCAAAGGAUGUGUUCACUGCAGGGCUAUGGGAUUCAGGUCCGCAAGAUGAUCUAGUGGAAGUGCUGCACUUGGCUGUGAAAUGUACAGUUGAAACCCUCUCGACCAGGCCAAACAUGAAGCAAGUCGUCCAGCAGUUGAAGCAAAUUCAGCCGCCCUAGUGUUACCAGAAAAUGAACGGUGUACAUUCGAGUCGCAACAAAGGUAGACAAAAUGCAAUCUUGUAAUUGUACAUUUGGUGCAAAUCAUCGACAGUAGAUAAACCCUUUGAUGCUGAUUAGAAGUUUUCUAUGCAGUUUAUAGUCCCGUCGCCAUUUUUUAUAUCGUGGCAAGGUUGAUAGGAGACUAUCCAUGUUAGAUCAUAGCAGUAGAUGAAUAGAAAGUUUCCAUAUUAUAGAAUAAGUGCAUAAUCUUAGAAUCAUAUCUGGAUUGAUAAUCAUAUCUGGAAUUCCCUUUUAUGUAUAUGUUUAUCAGCAUUUUCAUUAUUAUUUGAGGUUGAGCACUAGUCAAAGGAGAUCAUCAGAUAUGUGUAAUUAUUUGUAUAAUAUCUUCACCUCCCUUGACUAGGACUGGUUAGUUAUAUUUGGUGGUUCAUUUUUAACUGGAAAUUAUACUUAUUCUAUUUAAA